GAGGGAGCCCCUGACCCGAGCAAGAAGUGAGGAGAUGGGAAGGAGUGUCCCAGGCCUUCCAAUUGGUUGGAUGAAGUUCCUGGACACGGUGACGGGGACCUACAGAUACUACCAUUCCCCGACCAACCGUGUCCACCUGUACCCGCCGGAGGUCACUGUUCCCCAGACCCCCCCCUCCACGCCGCCAACAGUUAAACAGAAACCCCCGCGGCCCGCUGAACCAGACUCCACCCAGGACCAGGACCGGGAGCAGUCUAAACUGAAACGCUCCUACUCCUCCCCCGAUAUCGCCCAGGACCUGAGAGACGAGGCCCAGAAGAAAACUGUCCCCCCGCCCGCUGAUGUCACACCCACCAUCAACAGAGAGACCAAGUAAGG